UAUAGCUCUAGCUCCAUACGGUGAGAGAUGGAAGAAACUUAGAAAGUUUUGUGUUCUUGAAAUGUUGAGUAUGAAGAGGGUGCAAUCUUUCAAGUUCAUAAGACAAGAGGAAGUUGAUAAAGUGAUUGAGAACAUAACUCGUUCGUCUCUAGAGAGACAGACGAUUAAUCUGACGGAGAUUAUCUUCGCUUUGGCUAACAGCGUUAUCUUUAGAUGCUCACUUGGUGACAACUUUAAGAAAGAUUAUGCAGACAGAUUUUCGGAGUUGAUGAUGAAGGCGACAAGCAUGGUAAUGGAUUCUUUUGCUUUUGAAGAUUUCUUUCCACGGCUUAAAUGGAUGGAUACUCUCACUGGAUACAAUAGAAAGCUUAAGAGAACCUUCCAGGAACUAGAUAGUUUUUUCGAUCAAAUUAUCGAUGAUUAUUUGCUUUCACCGUUACAUGUAGAUCAUGGUUACCAAGACCAUAAAGACGAUAAAAGAAACUUCAUAGAUCUUCUGGACGCUGAGACAGAUAACCUCGGUCUCAGCAGAAAUAAUAUCAAAGGAGUAAUAUUGGACAUGUUUGUCGCCGGAAGUCAUACCACUGCAGCUAUAACGGAAUGGACUAUGUCGGAGCUUAUAAAGAAUCCAAAGAUAAUGAAGAAAGCACAGGAAGAAGUAAGAAGCGUAGUUGGAAACAAAACUAGAGUGGAAGAGAAAGAUAUAAACCAUAUGAACUACUUGAAAUGUGUUGUUAAGGAGACCUUAAGACUUCAUGCACCUGUACCGACUGUGGUUCGAAUGAAUUCCUCUGACAGUGUCAAAAUAGGAGGUUAUGAUAUCCCAUCAAACACAGGGAUAUUCAUCAAUAUUUGGGCAAUUCAGAGGAAUCCCAAAUAUUGGGACAAACCAGAAGAGUUCUGUCCUGAGAGAUUUGAAAGCAACCCUAUUGAUUUCAAGGGUCAAGAUUUUGAAUUCAUUCCAUUUGGAUCUGGAAGAAGAGGGUGCCCUGGAGUGUCAUUUGGUCUUGCAGUGGUGGAACUUCUAGUUGCCAAUCUCUUGUACCGGUUUGACUGGAAAUUGCCAGGUGGUGCUUCAUAUGAGGAUCUAGACAUGAGUGAAGAUUUUGGGAUGGGUACUUGCAAUAGGAAGAUUCAUCUUCAUGUUAUUCCAACAUUAUUUCAUCCUGCUGCUUCUUCUUAGUUGUGACCUAAUCAAAUAAGUACGUGAAACAUGGAUCCAAUCCAUCCGGUGAAAGGACUAGGUUAAAUACUAGCCACGCUUAUACAUUUUGCAAAAGCAGUAAGUAACAGAACCUAACUUACUUGCCUAGAGUCAGUUAGUCAAGAAAUGAAGGCAUAAAUGGUGAAGUUCUUUAAGGAUGUGAACUGUUUUAAAGUUUAUUCUGGAUUUUUGAAUUUGAGUCAAGGGUGUAUAGUGAAUUCAAGGUUGUGUUAUACUGGAAACUAUCACCACCCAUAUUGGUUCUCGAUUAGAUGAAGAGUUCCAUUUUUCUCUUUUAAUAUAGUAUUCCGGAAACAGCAGAUUGGUUCUGUCAAAACAUCUGUUUAAU